AUGCAGCAGGUUAGGAUACCAGGUCUGAGACCUGCAGAGUAUCCUGGCCAUAUGAACGUACCAGCCAUGUCCGCAGAGUGUUGAGGGUGAGCAGAUAAUUACAUGAGUCUGCAUGACAAUAGUGGAUAUCUGCAGUCAACUACGCUCAUAUAGAACGGGUUUUUCGAUUUCCCACUUUCCUUUUUAACAAUGUGCUUGUUUUAGGUUAAAUCUUUUUUUUUUUUUCUCUCAAAAGGGCAUGGUUAGCUCUAACGCUGUAGGUGGAUGACCAGUACACAGACAUUUUCUGUGGGAUCUUUUCCAUAUGCAAAAGACAGUCAAAUAUAUUGCAUUUGUAAUAUCGUAGAUGAGUGUAUGACUUCUCUGUAUAUCUAAUGUACGGUCUUCUCCCUUCCUCAGUGGACCUGCCCAGUGUGUGACCCCAGAGGUCAUGGCUCCUAUCCUGUCUAACUCUGAGGUGCAACAGAGGCUCCUCCCUUCUGGAGAGUCUCUACCUCAGAGUGCAGAGGAUGUACAGAACCUACUCACCUCUCCACAGUUCUGUCAGGUGGGUAGAUACAGAACCUACUCACCUCUAUACAGUUCUAUCAGGAGGGUAGAUACAGAACCUACUCACCUCUAUAAAGUUCUAUCAGGUGGGUAGAUACAGAACCCACUCACCUCUCCAUAGUUCUAACAGGUGGAUAGAUACAGAACCUACUCACCUCUCCACAGUUCUAACAGGUGGGUAGAUACAGAACCUACUCACCUCUAUACAGUUCUAUCAGGUGGGUAGAUACAGAACCUACUCACCUCUAUAAAGUUCUAUCAGGUGGGUAGAUACAGAACCCACUCACCUCUCCAUAGUUCUAACAGGUGGAUAGAUACAGAACCUACUCACCUCUCCACAGUUCUGUCAGGUGGGUAGAUACAGAACCUACUCACCUCUAUACAGUUCUAUCAGGUGGGUAGAUACAGAACCUACUCACCUCUAUACGGUUCUGUCAGGUGGGUAGAUACAGAACCUACUCACCUCUCCACAGUUCUGUCAGGUGGGUAGAUACAGAACCCACUCACCUCUCCACAGUUCUAUCAGGUGGGUAGAUACAGAACCUACUCACCUCUAUACAGUUCUAUCAGGUGGAUAGAUACAGAACCUACUCACCUCUCCACAGUUCUAUCAGGUGGGUAGAUACAGAACCUACUCACCUCUCCACAGUUCUAUCAGGUGGAUAGAUACAGAACCUACUCACCUCUCCACGGUUCUAACAGGUGGGUAGAUACAGAACCCACUCACCUCUAUACAGUUCUGUCAGGUGGGUAGAUACAGAACCCACUCACCUCUCCACAGUUCUAUCAGGUGGGUAGAUACAGAACCUACUCACCUCUCCACGGUUCUAUCAGGUGGGUAGAUACAGAACCUACUCACCUCUCCACAGUUCUGUCAGGUGGGUAGAUACAGAACCUACUCACCUCUAUACAGUUCUAUCAGGUGGAUAGAUACAGAACCCACUCACCUCUCCACAGUUCAAUCAGAUGGAUAGAUACAGAACCCACUCACCUCUAUACAGUUAUGUCAGGUGGGUAGAUACAGAACCUACUCACCUCUAUACAGUUCUAUCAGGAGGGUAGAUACAGAACCUACUCACCUCUCCAUAGUUCUAUCAGGUGGGUAGAUACAGAACCUACUCACCUCUCCACAGUUCUAUCAGGUGGAUAGAUACAGAACCUACUCACCUCUCCACGGUUCUAACAGGUGGGUAGAUACAGAACCCACUCACCUCUAUACAGUUCUGUCAGGUGGGUAGAUACAGAACCCACUCACCUCUCCACAGUUCUAUCAGGUGGGUAGAUACAGAACCUACUCACCUCUCCACGGUUCUAACAGGUGGGUAGAUACAGAACCUACUCACCUCUAUACAGUUCUAUCAGGUGGAUAGAUACAGAACCCACUCACCUCUCCACAGUUCAAUCAGAUGGAUAGAUACAGAACCUACUCACCUCUAUACAGUUCUAUCAGGAGGGUAGAUACAGAACCUACUCACCUCUAUACAGUUAUGUCAGGUGGGUAGAUACAGAACCUACUCACCUCUAUACAGUUCUAUCAGGAGGGUAGAUACAGAACCUACUCACCUCUAUACAGUUCUAACAGGUGGGUAGAUACAGAACCUACUCACCUCUAUACAGUUCUAACAGGUGGGUAGAUACACAUUAGAAAUCAGAAAAAGGCUGUUUGAUUCGCUGUUUUCCACUUCAUGUCCUGACGAAGACCACAUUUGCCAAAAUGAUUUAUUUUGCCACGGUGUGUAAAAUACUCCUUUUAUCAGGUCAAUAAUACAGAUUCAGAACCUUAAACUUUCCCCUUUCAGGUUAACAUUAAACUCGUGUCUCUGUGGGUCUGUCUCCCUUGGCGAUGAGUAUGUUCAGCAGCGCCUUGGAGUCAUGACAGCUGGGACCUCUCAUGAACCAGUUUGGUCUGCCCUCAGAGGCUGUAGAAGCCGGUAAUGAAGGA